GUGGGGGUACAGGGACGGACCCCUGAGUGCACGGAGGGAACACGGAACAGAGACCAAGAGGUGGCAGCACAGCGCCCCCACAAUCCUCCCCAGGCGUCGCGAAAAGAGCCGGAAACCCACGCCAACGCUACGGCGCAGCCUCCGCCCGGACAGAAGAGGCGGGGAAAGUACUAAAUUUAAGAAUGUUUGGACAACUCAUUCCAAAUCACCUAUAGCCUAUGAGAGAGGAAGAAUAUAUUUUAACAAUUAUCGGUGCUGUGUCAGCAGUGUUGCAUCAGAGCCACGAAAACUUUAUGAAAUGCCAAAAUGUUCCAAAUCAGAAAAAAUAGAAGAUGCUUUAUUAUGGGAAUGCCCAGUGGGAGAAAUGCUUCCCAAUCCAUCAGAUUAUAAAUCCUCACUCAUAGCACUGACUGCUCAUAAUUGGCUACUUCGUAUAUCAGCAACUACGGGAAAAGUCCUUGAGAAAAUAUAUCUUGCUUCAUAUUGCAAAUUCAGAUACUUGAGCUGGGACACUCCUCAGGAAGUCAUUGCUGUCAAGUCCGCUCAGAACAAAGGUUCAACACUGGCCCGGCAGGCAGGCAUUCAGCAGCCUGUUUUGCUGUACCUUGCAGUGUUCCAUGUGCUACCUUUUUCACUCAUAGGGAUUCUGGAGAUCAACAAAAAGAGACACAGAUCGAGUUCUUUAUCAGAGCUCUGUGGACAUCGUAACAGGAUCCAGUGCACGGAACAGAGACAGAGAGGGAGCAAGGAGCCAAAGCCUUACUCAAGAUCAGCUAGGUUAACUGUCUCUAUUUUCGGGAAUGUCACAGAUGCCACCUUGUCUCAUGGAAUACUGAUUGUGAUGUACAGCUCGGGACUGGUCAGACUUUAUAGCUUCCAAGCCAUCACCAAGCAGUUCAUGCAACAGAAACUUGACUUAGGGUGUGCAUGCAGAUGGGGUGGGACUUCUGGAACUGUAGGAGAGGCUCCCUUUGGCAUUCCUUGUAAUAUUAAAAUCACAGAUACACCGCCACUGCUCUUUGAGGUGUCCUCGCUGGAGAAUGCUUUUCAGAUUGGAGGCCAUCCUUGGCACUACAUCAUUACACCCAAUAAGAAGAAACAGAAAGGAGUUUUCCACAUUUGUGCCCUAAAGGACAAUUCAUUGGCAAAAAAUGGGAUCCAAGAAAUGGAAUGUUGUUCUUUAGAAUCUGAUUGGAUCUACUUCCAUCCUGAUGCUUCUGGCAGAAUAAUACAUGUUGGCCCAAAUCAGGUCAAAGUUUUAAAGCUAAGUGAAGUAGAAAAUAAUAGUGCCCAGCAUCAGAUCUCUGAAGAUUUUGUCAUUUUGGCCAACAGAGAGAAGAACAAAAAUGAAAACCUACCCACUGUUACAGCUUCUGGACGAGUGGUAAAAAGAAAUUUUAGCAUUCUGGAUGAUGACCCAGAACAAGAGACUUUCAAAAUUGUCGACUAUGAAGAUGAGUUGGAUUUGCUUUCUGUCGUAGCUGUUACUCAAAUAGAUGCUGAAGGAAAAGCUCACCUGGAUUUCCACUGUAAUGAAUAUGGAACUUUACUUAAAAGUAUUCCACUCGUGGAGUCAUGGGAUGUGACAUACAGCCACGAAGUCUACUUUGACAGAGACUUGGUGCUACACAUAGAGCAGAAACCCAGCAGGGUGUUCAGCUGCUAUGUUUACCAAAUGGUAUGUGACCCUGGGGAAGAAGAAGAAACCACAGACAAAAGGAGUAAAACAGAUCACAAUAAUUUUAAAUUUUGAGAUGUAACUUAUUAAACUUCUAGCCAACCACCCCAGGAGCCAUGUCCAGUCCUCUUUUUUAUUAUCUGCAUAGUAUAUUCUCCAGUGUUUUCCAGAAAAGGUCUUGUGUUGACUUCAGAUGAUUGUGGCUUCUUUUUUAAACUCUGGCCAUACAAGUUGGUGAGGACUUCACUUUAUUUAAAGGUUUUUACAAUAACAUCGCAAGAAGCCUGGCAUUUUGCAGUUUUUUAGGUGGGUGGUGCAAAUAUAAAAUACUGAAAGUCAGAGAAGGAAAGUUAAUUCUAAUUAUUUGGAGGUCGUUGAUUAGGGGGUGUUUAGCAUGGUUGUUAAAGGAUGGCAUGGAAUUUUGACUGGUGAAACUAGGAGGAAGAGACAGAAGGAUAUAAAACAUAUAGAAGGAGAUCCUGUAUCCUGUCAACCAGACUUGAAGGAUGGAAGAUGAGAUCUAUAAUAUGAAAGCAUGCUUGGAAACAAAACUGUGUCAUCAUGGUUUUUAAAAUAUAUAUAUAUAUGUAUAUGUGUUUUAUAUUAUAUAUAGUAGCAGAAGUUGACUUUUCCAUGGUUUUUUUCUCUUUGAUGUUCCCAUUGGUUUUUUGUGUUUCUGUUAAACUAAUCUAAAAGAUUUCAAGCAAGCUUUAAGUGAUUUUUUUUUCUCAUACAUAGCCUGUUUAGCUGUUAAUACAUCUAAGAAUAUUGUACUCGUUUCAUCAUUCUAUUUAUUUGUUGAAUCUGCCAGUUCUGCUUAGGCAAUACUUUUAUACCUAAGCAGUAAGAUAAAGGUAUCCUCGGUUAUACCAGCUCUGCUCCCUAUGGGAAGAAUAGAUAAAGUCCCAGGAGUUCUUAUUAGCUUGGAAACUGACUGACAGCUAGAGAAAGCUUUUGGUUCUAUCUUAAUUGUGAAAUGAGUAUUUUUUUUUCUUCUUUGUUAGAACCAAUGGAAAUAUGAUUCUUGAACUCAGAUAAUCAUUCUUAAGAAUAUUAAAUAAAAGCAACCCAAGUAAGGGGAGAAAAUGUUUCUUUGUGCUUCCUACUUGAGAAAUCCAGUUGCCUGCAAUCCACAUGUUUAGCAUAUUCUCUGAUUCAGAC